UAUGUUUGUCUUUGGCUCAAAUCCAUUUCUGUUGUUUAAUUUUCUCAGAAGAAAAUCUUGUUUAAAGAUUAAAUAUAAACUUUAUUCUAUGAAAGUAUCCACGAAUCAACAUGUCUAAAAUAUUCACACCUACUAACCAAAUACGUUUAACAAACGUUGCUAUCGUAAGAUUGAAAAAAGGUGGAAAACGAUUUGAAAUAGCAUGUUACAGAAAUAAAGUUUUGUCAUGGAGAAACAAAUUGGAAAAAGAUAUUGACGAGGUUUUACAAACACACACAGUGUUCACAAAUGUGUCGAAGGGUCAAGUUGCCAAAAAAGAAGAUUUAGUUAAAGUAUUUGGAAAAGAUGACCAAACCGAGAUAUGCAAGGAAAUAUUGGAAAAGGGCGAACUUCAAGUGUCCGACAAGGAACGACAUUCACAGAUUGAUUCCUUAUUUAAAGACAUUGCAACCACUGUGUCAGACAAAUGUGUCAACCCUGAGACAAAGCGACCAUAUCCUGUUUCAAUUAUAGAAAAAGCUAUGAAAGACAUUCAUUUCUCUGUCAAUGUUAAUAAAAGUGCUAAACAGCAAGCUCUUGAUGUAAUACAGUUGUUGAAAAAAGAAAUACCUUUAGAAAGAGCACAGAUGAGAGUAAGGAUCGUCCUUAGUGGAAAAGAUGCUAAAAAAACAAGGGAAAAAGUGGUUAAAUUGACUAUGAGCAUUGAAGAGGAAAAUUGGGAGUCAGGAACAGCUAACAUCAUUUGCUUGAUAGACCCCGGCAGCUUUAGAAAUUUAGAUGACAUGAUCAGAACAGAAACAAAAGGAAGUGGACAGUUUGAAUUAUUAAACCUGAAGGAAAUGGUAGAAGGCGAACAGGUUCUUUAAGUAACAAUUGUACCUGUCUUAUUGUUUAACUUUAAAAUUAAAAUGUU